GCAUUGGCUUUAUGUGGGUGUGAGCAGUUAGAGACCAUGAGACCACAAAACUGGGAUGUUGAGCAAAUAUUUGAUCAUAAGGUUACUGCAGAGACACAAUAGCUAACUAUAGGGCCAAAUCAAGUCGGACUUAGAGUCAUUUUGCUGGAAGAGAAGGAGAUCUUAUGUCAGAAGCGUUACAACUUUAGCAGGACUAACAUGGAGUAUCCAAUGGCAACGUUCCUGACUAUCAUACUGCUCACAAUUGCAGCAGAUCCAGCCUGUGGCAAGUCGAUCAUUGCUUCUCGGAACCCUUUACCUGUUGGUAGCGAUGUGACAUUGAGCCUAUCCAACCAAACCACAAUCAUUGUUGGGACCUGGCUAUUUGAAUCAAUUCCCAUUUUGAUCAUGUAUGAUGGUGGAAGUUUCAUAUUUCCUCCUUGGCAAGAAAGGAUAACAUUCAACCGGACCUCAGCAGAGCUGUCCAUCAAGUCUCUACAAAUGUCCGACUCGGGAAUAUAUAAACUAACAGGAGGGGAGCCAUCUUUUGAAGUAGAGAUCGCAUUGUCUGUCCAAGAGCUCAUUUCAAACGUUACCCUGAGCGCCAACGCAGCCCAUUUGGUCGAGUUCAAUGACUCGGCAGUCUUCAACUGCUCCGUCUCCAACGGCUCCUCCCUGUCUUAUGUCUGGACCAACAACGGCUCUGUGGUCCCGCAGGAUGCUGACGGGGUUCUGUUUAGUGGCGGAGGCGCUGUUCUCACCAUCGCCAAUGUGACCCGAUACGACCGGGGACCCUUCAUGUGCACGGUGUUCAAUGGCGUGAGCCGUGAAUCGAGUGCCCUCAUCCUGUUGCACAUCAGCUACGGUCCGAGUAACCCAAAGAUGGUCCCCAGGCCAAUGAUGGUCGCUUACAAGACGGGCUCCAACCUCACGCUGUCCUGUCACGCUGAGUCCAGCCCCCCGGCGACUGUCCACUGGUUCUUUAAUGACAUGGACCUUAGCUUGUCUGGCCCAGAGAUUCACCUUAUUCACACCAAGGAAAACCAAACAGGAUAUUACAUGUGUCUUCUUUACAACCCUGUGACAUGCAGGUACAACAGCGUCAAGACAAUGGUCCGAAUUUUGGACCCUAUUUACCAUGUUUCCGUUAGUCGUACGGGGGGGCCCGUGAUCCUGGGCCAGUCGGUCACUUUGAGCUGUGACGUGAACGGGAGUGUAGAUUCCAUAUCAUGGUGGAAGAACGGCACCGCCAUGAUGACGCAUAACAUGACAUCGCUGAGAAACCGAAGUCUGACCCUUGACUCAGUCACUAAACAAGAUGCUGUGGACUAUAAUUGUCAGGCAUUCAAUUUCGUGAGCAACAUGACAAGUAGUCCUUACAGGCUCAUUGUUAACUAUGGCCCUGAGGCGGUUGCUAUCCGGGGGCCGUCCGUAGGUCUGGCAGGAGAUCAGGUGACCUUCGACUGCUCAUCGUCUUCCGAGCCCCCGAGCCAAUACAGCUGGUACUUCAAUGGCUCUCUGGUGGCCAACGCCUCCCAGUACAUCACCAAGAAUCUGACCACAGCAAUGAGCGGGAAAUACAUCUGCAUGGCCUUCAACAAUAUCACCGGCUGCAACUCAACGGCCUAUACCAUGCUCACCGUUUACGAUCCUAUAACAGACGUCAAAAUCAAGGGAAACUCAACCUCCGCUAUGGAAGGGCUCGCGUUCACGCUGACGUGUGACGCCACGGGGGUGGUGGAAGAUGUUCACUGGAUGAAGGACGGAGAGGCCUUGAACACCACCACCAUGUACAAUCACAUGCUCAACUUCAAACCCGUCCAAAAACGGGACAACGGGAACUACCAAUGUUCAGCAAUCAACGCUGUGAGCAACAUGACCAGCCCCGAAUACAGACUCCAUGUCAUUUUUGGACCAAAUACUCCCAUCAUUACGGGGCCUGGUGUAGCUGAGACAGGAGAUAAUGUGGUCUUCAAGUGCAUGGCCUCCUCCUACCCUCCAAGCUACUACCACUGGUACUACAGAGGAGACCUUGUAGGGAAUGAUUCCAUUCUUGAAACUGGUCCUCUAAGUUUAAACAUGAGUGGAGCAUACACCUGCCUGGCCCUGAACAAUGUCACUGGGAAAAACAGCACAAGUUUCACGAAGCUUAGGGUCCUCGAGCGUAUUGAGCAUGUGGCGAUCAAGGAGGACUCGCUUCCCGUUCAGUCACACAACUUCACUCUGAGCUGCGCAGUGGCCGGGUUCUAUGAUUCCAUAUCUUGGACCAAGGAUGGAGUUCCACUCGACGGCACUAACUCAUCGAACAGAAAAUCGCACAUGUCGAUGAUGAACAACUCCCUCCAUUUCAGUCCCGUGACGACCUAUGACAACGGUUUCUACCGGUGUGUCGCCGAAAACGUUGUUCGCAAACAUAGCAGCCCUGAACACCAGCUGCUGGUGAACUUUGGACCAUAUAAUCCCAACAUUACGGGGCCUGGUGUAGCUGAGACAGGAGAUAAUGUGGUCUUCAAGUGCAUGGCCUCCUCCUACCCUCCAAGCUACUACCACUGGUACUACAGAGGAGACCUUGUAGGGAAUGAUUCCAUUCUUGAAACUGGUCCUCUAAGUUUAAACAUGAGUGGAGCAUACACCUGCCUGGCCCUGAACAAUGUCACUGGGAAAAACAGCACAAGUUUCACAAAGCUUAGGGUCAUCGAGCGUAUUGAGCAUGUGGCGAUCAAGGAGGACUCGCUUCCCGUUCAGUCACACAACUUCACUCUGAGCUGCGCAGUGGCCGGGUUCUAUGAUUCCAUAUCUUGGACCAAGGAUGGAGUUCCACUCGACGGCACUAACUCAUCGAACAGAAAAUCGCACAUGUCGAUGAUGAACAACUCCCUCCAUUUCAGUCCCGUGACGACCUAUGACAACGGUUUCUACCGGUGUGUCGCCGAAAACGUUGUUCGCAAACAUAGCAGCCCUGAACACCAGCUGCUGGUGAACUUUGGACCAUAUAAUCCCAACAUUACGGGGCCUGGUGUAGCUGAGACAGGAGAUAAUGUGGUCUUCAAGUGCAUGGCCUCCUCCUACCCUCCAAGCUACUACCACUGGUACUACAGAGGAGACCUUGUAGGGAAUGAUUCCAUUCUUGAAACUGGUCCUCUAAGUUUAAACAUGAGUGGAGCAUACACCUGCCUGGCCCUGAACAAUGUCACUGGGAAAAACAGCACAAGUUUCACGAAGCUUUGGGUCCUCGAGCGUAUUGAGCAUGUGGCGAUCAAGGAGGACUCGCUUCCCGUUCAGUCACACAACUUCACUCUGAGCUGCGCAGUGGCCGGGUUCUAUGAUUCCAUAUCUUGGACCAAGGAUGGAGUUCCACUCGACGGCACUAACUCAUCGAACAGAAAAUCGCACAUGUCGAUGAUGAACAACUCCCUCCAUUUCAGUCCCGUGACGACCUAUGACAACGGUUUCUACCGGUGUGUCGCCGAAAACGUUUUUCGCAAACAUAGCAGCCCUGAACACCAGCUGCUGGUGAACUAUGGACCGUGGAACGUGAGCAUCAGUGGCCCGGAUGUCAUGAACCUAGGCUCCGAUAUAAAGGUUUUAACAUGCUCUGCGGACUCCAGACCAACUAGUCAAUACCAGUGGUUCAUCGACUCUGUUCCAGCGGCCGAAGGGAGUGGCCCAGUACUUCCUGUAUCGGUCAUAACACCAAAAGUUAUCAACUACAAGUGCAAAGCUUAUAACAAUGUGACUGAGAUCUCCAUGUUCCAGAAUAAAACACUUACCAUCAAUGACGCUCCUGGCCAUUCAUUGGCCUCUCCUGGCGUGUUGCUGUUUAUGAUCCUUGCAGCACUGUCUGUUCCCGUGCUUGGCAACUGAGGGGCCUUCACCAUGAGCAGGUAUACGAGUCCUCUUGCUCCCUCUACUGCCAUCCCAAAUGUACAAAAGAAUGGCUUGGGUUGGAAAACAGUAAUUUCUCUCUUUCUUUCCCCUCUACUUACUGUUCCUAAGAGAGUAGGUGUUAAUAGUAAAACAAGUCAGUUAUUGCAGUUUAGAAAUCAAAUGAUGCGUUCGUUGUUUCUCAGGGACUGUAAUCUUUGCCAAUAAUUGAAGGUGAUCAUGAGCUCUAUUUUUUCAAUAUAAAGUCCUAUAAAAAAUAUCUGUGAAAUUAAAAGUUGCUACAUUCUUGGGUUAUAAGAUAUGUCAUUAUUUAAAUUAUUUUCAAUAUGUUUGAUUAUUUUUUAAUAAUUUGAUUAAGGGCAGAACAUCUAUUCUGCCAUAUAUUGACAUAGUAUUUGUAUCUUAUUUGUAAAAGUAUUAAUCGGAAAUAUAUUACGGGUAUUGUGUGAUCUAUGUAUUGAGUGUUUAUUAUAGUUUAAUUAAUCCAAUUAAACAAACGUGUCUCAACUUUGAUCUCCCUUUGUUGUAUAUCGGGUAUCGGGGUGAUUUGUUUUUCUUGUUAUGUUGGUGCAACAUUGUAUUCCAAUCUCCAAUAAAUUGUUAUAAAUAUUGCUAGUGAGGCAUUACCCUUAAUUUAUGGUUUUCAAUUUGUGUUAAGGUUAUUGGAAUUAUGGUUACUAAGAUCAUAUAUUAUCACUUAUUUUUGUAAUUAUUCAUAGAAUAGAACUGCGCCGGCAAAACCAUAGCUCAUACUAUUGAAUAAUUUCUGGCAGGCAUGGGAGAUGCCUGCCAGGGGAACCCACAUGAUACUGACCUACAAGCAUUGCUGUGGAAUCACAACAAAGGCCUUCAAUGUGCCAGGGUUUUGGUCCUUUUGUAGGUGUCAGCACACAAGUUUUGCAUGAAUGCAAACCUUUAGUGGUUAUGAUUUUCCUUGCACACAAAAGUUGUAGUUUAACGCAAUAUGCCGCAUAGUGAGAUUUAAAAGAUAUGUUGUUUGCAUUAUUCUGUUCAGGCUCAAAAAUCACAUCCAGAAAUGCCCAUGAAAAUGUGUGUUUGAAUGGUAAAAACAGAAAG